AUGAUAAUAUUUGCAGAUAAUCUCGGAUCAUAUGGGUUCCGUUUCAGGGAAGUUUCUCCAAGAACUUACUGUUUCGCUAAUUUCGAGAGGGAUUGGAAAGAUCUGAACGUGAUUGGGUUUGGGUUGAUCGGAUGGUUAGCACCUUCUAGUAUUCCGGCGAUCAACGACAACAGUUUGACCGGACUCUUCUUUUCCAGCAUUGGGACUGAGCUUGCUCACUUCCCAACUGGCCCUGCUCUCACUUGGCACAUGAGAUUGUUCUUGGCAUUGACUUUUGGACAAAUUGGAUUCAAGAGUAGGACUGAAGAUUACUUCAAUAAAAUAAAUUAA